AUGUCGAUGGUGUACCGUCCCCCGUUCGUGGACGACCUCCAAGAGAGCUGCUACGUGGACGGCACACCAGCCUCAAAUCAAGCGUGGCUAGCCUCGGGUCCGGGCGACGGACUCAUGCGCGCCAUGGACGCCGUCCCCGCGCCGGCCACCUUCUCGUCAACGUCUGCCCAGCCUGCCCAUGACGCCAGCGAUAAGACUGCGCCCAAGGGGCAUCACAUGCUGGCCGACGACACGUCGACACCAAGCGUCCCGCGAGCCCGCCCGAGGAGCGCGACCGUCCGGAGGCACUCGUCCAUACCCUCUUCUGGCCCAGAGUCGCCCACGCGACGCCGCACCAUUGCCAUGGAGCCUGCUACCCAGAGCACCCAGAGCAUCAAGAGCAUUCAGAGUAUCCAGAGCACCCUUGACGAAGUGAACCCCGCGGACCCGGAGUCCUCCUCAGACGAGACGGUGGUGCCCCCAGCAGAAACAACCGAGAUUCAACACCAAUACGCCAAUUACCCAGCAUCGCCUACCGAGUCUACCUUGACCAGCUUCACGUCACUCACUGACACCACUCACGGAUCUGGCAGCUCCAGCGGCAGCGGCUCGACCAUCACCCAGGCAUCGUGGCCCCGACGACGAGGAAGCGAAAAGUCCAGAGGCCACGAGAAACUCUAUCUCAAAGGGCGCCGCCAGAGCCGUUCGCCCAAGACGCAGCAGCAGCAGCAGCAGCAGCAUUUCUCCAGCGUCUUGACCUAUCUCGAGCCAGACUCGCCCCUCGUAACCCCGGAGGUCAUCCAGCGCUCCGUCGAGCAGUCGGCCUACUGGAGGAUGCCCGACCCCUCGAGCUUCCAGUCGCCCUCGACCCGGAGCAACGCCUCAACCGCCUCGAGCAGCUUCCAGAGCGAUGUCUUCUCCGAGAUGCCCGGCGACCACGAGACCGACAGGAGCAGCAGCCCGGAUCACAGCGCCUACGGCGACUCGCCGUCCAUGCCCGGCAAGUUCGAGGUGCAGAUGGCCGGCGCCGCCGCGGCCGCCGCGCACCGGCAGCAGCACGACUACCGCAGCUACGGCACCCCAGAGAUGCCGCGAGGCACCGCCAACCUCCCUCACCUCCCCCCAAACGCCCUUCAGCCGCGUCUCCCCGGCAUCCACAACGGCCAUACGCCCAAGCACCUGCCCCGGGCCGAGAAGCUGCCGCUGACGGGCUACGAGCUGAUGGCCUCCAAGCUUUGUACUCCCUCCACCGCCGCGGACGCGGACGCGGACCGGCUCGGCAUCAAGCCCAUCUACCGCCGCUUCGAGGCCCUCAACCACCGCCUCCUCCUCCACCUCCAGGACGAGCUCGCCGAGCUCGAGGAGCAGCUCCACCGGCUCGACACGGCCGACACGCAGACGCGCCGUAUGCAGAACUGCUUCCUGCCCGCCUCGAGGCGGCAGGACGCUCUCACCGCCGGCGAGCUCCAGUGGCACAAGACGGACGUGCUGGGCAGGAUUGGCUACAAAAUUAGCCAGUACAACCAAGUUCUGUCAUCCUUCAAAGAAACCCAGCACCUCCCUGCCGCGGAUCCCCGCGAUGUCGACCUUUACCGCGCCUACCUCGCCAACCACAACCCCAUCGUCGACAUUGAGACCCGCUUCCUCGACCCCCUCGACGACCUCGUCUCCCUCGCUCGCCCUUCGUCCAGCUGCUCCCGCGACUCGUUCCUCUCCCGUGACGAGCUCAAGACCCCGCAGCAGCAGCAGCCGCGCCGCUCGAGGUUCUCGGCCAUGAACCUCGAGGCGGGGAACAGGGCCGAGCGCGCACGCCGCUUGCUGGUCGCCGCCCUCACCGGCUUCCUCCCCACCGUCGCCCUCGCCUUCGCCGCGGCCUUCCUGCUCCCCAUCCUCGCCUUCGCCGUGAUCCCCGGCUUCGUUGGCCGCAUGGCUGUCGUCCUCCUCGUCGCUGUCGGCGUCGCCGCGGGCGUCGUCCAGGCCGGGCUUUUCAGCGGCGGCGUCAAUCGGCCGGCCAAGGUCGCGGCCACCGAGGGCCUUCUCGCGUCGGGGGUCUAUGUCGGCGUCAUGGCAGUCGUUGCCGGGAUCUUUGGAUGA